AUUAGUAGUUCCUUAGUUUCUUAAUGUUUAUUGUUUUGACAUAAUUAUUUUCUUAUUCUCUAUCACUAAUAUAUGGAAUAUUAUCAAGGAUAUCUAAUAUAAAAAGCUUUAAAUUUGUUCGAAAUGUUAAUGAAUAUUGCAAAUUGAUAACUUUGUUGUCAACAAUGUCUGAGGAAACAGAUACUGAGUUGGGUGUAACGGAUUCACCCCUAAGGGGCCCCACGUUAUCAACUUCUACUUCGAGUUUCGAGGCUUUAGAUCCUCAUGAUCCAAAUCUAAGCCGGUUAGCAACCACAAUGUUCAAUAAAAGCGCUGAAUAUCUAUAUGGCGAACUAACAGCUAGUCUAGAUGAUUACCGUUUGAUAGAAGAAAUGAAUCAAGCAACAACGGCCAAAUAUAAUGAUAUGAAGCAUAUAGCAGUAAAUGUAUCAAAGAGUUUAGUAGAAUUGAAUGCAAAAUAUGAAUCAUUAAUUCCUCUUCUUGGACAAAUAGAUCAAUUGGAAGAUAAUGUAACUAAGUUAGAGCAAGCGGCAUAUAAACUUGAUGCAUAUACAAAAAGAUUAGAGGCUAAAUUUAAAGCAUUAGAAAAACGUUGAUAUUUAUUUAGAUUAAGAUUGUAAAAUAAAACGUUAUCCAUCUGA